AUGGUAUUAAUUGUCACGUCGUUGAUUAACAAAAGAAGACAUUGUGAAGUUAAUCCAAAUUGCCUUAAUUAUGUAAAUGCUGGUUUGUUUUGGUUGGGUUUUGCUGUAUUCCUUCAAGUUACCCUUACCCUGCACGUUUACUUUUCAAUCAUGUUGCGAAUUAAUGCAAAACGUCGGAUGGAGAAAGAAAAACUAAAUAGAAUUAACAAUCUUUCAUCUAAUAUUUCGAUUGGACCUAGUUUAUUUAAGAUUAAAAUUGACAAAGAAUAUGAUCUUACAGAUCAAACUUUAUAG